AUGGCAGCCUCUUCAUCCUCCUCUUCAGCUGGUGGGGUCAGUGGAAGUUCUGUUACUGCAUCAGGUUUCAGUGUCUCAGACCUUGCCCCACCACGGAAAACCCUUUUCACCUACCCCAAAGGAGCUGGAGAGGUGUUAGAAGAUGGCUCUGAGAGAUUCCUUUGUGAAUCUGUUUUCAGUUAUCAAGUGGCAUCCACGCUCAAACAGGUGAAACAUGAUCAGCAAGUUGCUCGGAUGGAAAAACUGGCUGGUUUAGUAGAAGAGCUGGAGGCUGAUGAGUGGCGGUUCAAACCCAUCGAGCAGCUGCUGGGGUUCACACCCUCUUCAGGUUGAUGUUGCAGUGAUGUGCUGGAGGAGCACAGCCAGAGCAGAGCCACAGAGACAACUUAUGCAGCCGCUCAGAUUCACAGCUGUAUCACCAAACUGCUAAUUCCCAUCCAUACUUGGUUUCCCUGUAUCUAUCCAUGGCCAACAAAUACUUAAAUAUGUGAUCUUGCAGGGAAAACGUUUAUUUGUUUAAAAAAGUAUUGGGAAUCGGAUUAAGACAAUCAGUUUCAGAGAACCAGAAGGUUUAGGUUUAAAAGAUAUUUAUAAAAUUUUCACAAGCCAAGUAGGAUAUGUGCCAGAAUUAGCCAACUACAUGGCAUGCGUUCUGUCUGUCAUAUAGUGCCUGGAAAUUUUCACCAGUGAAGUUCAAGGUGAGGAUCUAUAGUUAGACCUUUCUGACCUAAACAUUUCUUUUCACAGAUGAAUGUGAUUUCAACUCAGGACCUAUCCAUAUAAGGAAUUUUUAAUUUUUUUUUCUUUUUCCUAUUUUAGACAUCUGAGUAGAUAGAUCCUACUUCUUUGUAACCCUUUCUAGACAUACUGGCAAAAACAAAAAAAAAUUGUGUUUUUUGAAUAUUGCAACACUUGUAAAAAAUAAAACAGUGAGCAAAAUCCUUUUAGACACAGAAAUCCUCCAUUCAGCUCAUUGGUAGAUUCAAGCAAUUCUGUAGCAAAUCCUUUGAAAGAGCUCCAGAUUGGUGUUUUAUCCUUUCAAAGUCUAAGGGAUUUGGGAUAGGGAAAAGAGGUCAAAUUACUUUUUACAAGAAUCUAAAAACCAUUUCUCCUAAGCAAAUGGUAGAUUUGCUUUGCUUCAGAGAUAUUUGUCUUUGCAGAAGGGUCUGAAUUUAUCUUAUCAGUAUCUGAGUAGGUUUUUGUACCAUGAUAGAGGAAAACCUGGAAGGCUAAGAAGUGGAGUUUUGUUUUGUUUUGUUUUUUUGUUCUAACAUGAAGAAUGAUUGGGAAUGUUUUUUGGGUUUUUUAGGAUCCCAGUGUCUACACUGCACAAUUAAGGGAAUCAUUUAUUAUUACAAUGUAUACAUAUUUUGCCUUAGCAUUUGCUUUUCUCCUCAUUAACAACUUAGACCUGAUCUUCUUAGAGUUGCUUAAUUAUAAAUAAAUAUAAUCCCAAGAGCAAUUAACCUUAA